AUGAAUCCAAAUAUGAUAACAAAAUAUGCUAGGGCGUUUCCUUUAAGCGACGCGUUGUGCCUGCCUUCGAGUGCUUCGAAAAAUGAGCAAGGGGCGCCACACCUGCGCCCAGGUGUGGUGAGAAGUGAGCAAGGGUUCUUGUGUGUACCUGGACGAGCACAGGAAAUUAAGUGGGUAGGGGAGAAAGCUAGGGAAAUAGAGAACACAAGUUAUAAGCUCUACUAUAUGGGUAAGAAUGGACAUAGAAAUGGAGUAGGUAUAGUAGUAGAUAAAUACCUGAAAGAUUCGGUAGUUACAGUCACGAGGAAAGGAAAUCGGAUUAUUUUAGUUAAGCUUGUGAUCGAAGGGAGCAUAGUUAAUAUUAUUAGUGCUUACGCACCCCAAGUAGGUUUGGAUGAUCUUACUAAAGAGUAA